GCUUCGCUUCCUGCCUGGUGGAGGGAGGGGACCGUGCUGAAGGCUGGGUUAGCGAGCUGAGCAACAAGGAAGGUUGUUUGGAGAGAAAAGAGAGAGGGGGACGGGUCCGGGAUACCACCUUCCCGCAAGAUAGCCUAACAUCUUUAGUUUGCUAUUAUUUGUUUUGUGAUUGUUUGAUGCAAUGUCGACCAGUCGUCAUCAUAGUGAGAGCCGGGCCAUCCCGACCAGGACGGUGCUGAUCAACGACACAACGCAGCUACCUCAUGAUUAUUGCACCACCCCUGGAGGCACUUUAUUUUCCACCACUCCGGGAGGAACCCGGAUCAUCUAUGAUCGGAAGUUUCUGUUGGAUAGACGUAACUCCCCUAUAGCCCAGACCCCACCAGCACACCUGCCCAUCAUCCCUGGAGUAACCAGCCAAAAUGUCCUUAAUGAAAAUAAGAAGAAUCAAGCUAAUAACAUUAACAACCGUGACACCAAACCAGGAACAGGUGAAGAUGCUCAGUUUGAGAUGGACAUCUAAGCAAAGGAGAAACAAGAUGAUGAAAUAAGAAGGAUAAACCUGGCGCAUGUGUGCCAGUGGCUUGGCUUGUAGAAACCAAUAUCAUAAGGCCUCUCAGCCAUCUCCUUUUGCUCUCUCAUUAGCUGCUGGUUCUUUAUCACCCAUGGGGAUUACACUUGACUUCAGGUCAGGUUGCUGCAGCCCAGGAAAACUAAUGUAGAUGUUGCCUUCAUCUGGUUAGUUUUCAGGGGCACUGCAGAAAACCUGUUUCAUGGCCACAAACUAAAGGAAUAUGUGACAGAAGUGCCCAGAAGUAACAUAUUCAAACUGACAAAAUCAGUUUUACUAUCAGGGUGCAUUCUAUUGCUAGAUAACUCAAUCUUUGACUACUCACAUUGUCUGUCUAAUCCAUGAAGAAUGAAUGAGUUGAGUGGACAUUUAUGGUACACAGUUAUAUUUGGAUUGCCACAUUAACAAAUUUGGAAAAAAACUGAAAACCAUACCCUAAAAAAAGUAUCUAUAAGCUCUUUUUUGGAGUCUGUUAGGUGUAUUUGGUGAAUUUGGGAGAUCAGCAUUAAUCAGCUGUCCCUUGUCUAUGAACAACAGCAAAUUCAUUCCAGGCCUAUUAUGCCCAUUACUUGCUGGUGUGAGUUUGACAUCUAUUUCUAGGAAUAUUCAGUUAUUCAUAUUUGAUUUAAGAUGUUGCACAAUGAAUCAUGUCUAUUCCAGCAUAAACAUCAUUCUAAGGGCAAUUUUUUCCCCUUAUAUACAUGUGAUAUGUAACUCCAAACAAUUCCACUGUGCACCACCAUUCAUGCCCUGUAAAAGUCCAUGCUGAAAUAUCUGUAGAACAAAGACACUCAGUCAGCCUUUGCAUCUAGUCAGAAGUCUUAUUUUUUACAGAUUGUUUCAUAAAUUAACGCCAAUGUGACCGAAGUCUCACUAGAUGUAUGAUUUGCCUCUAUUUUUGUGAGAUAAAUUUCAAUUAUUGUAAUUAUUGUUAUACUUUAAUACCAUUUUCACACAUAUACUAUCAUAAGUGUCAAGGUAAAGUGACCUUUAAAUUAAUAUCUGUGAAAUCUGAAGGCUCUUCACGGGUGUUGGAUUCAGUAGUUGUGUUUCAGUGAGGCACAUGCACUUAAAGUAAAUAUGAGAUUUACAGACUUUACCACACUUAUCUGGCAUAAUGAAAAGUAUGUCAGUAAAGCCCAAAAGCCCAUUCAAACCCCAUUUAAAUCAAAUUGCUACUUUAUAUUCAAACUUUAAAUACUGGGUCAGAGGUAGGAAAGCACUGAAAUGUUGUCAGGUCAUCUGUAGAGAUUAAUGUAAUACUAAAAAAACACCAGUCAAUUGGCAGUUAAAGAUCAGAUGAAGAGAUGAAACAACACACUCGCACAAGCUUGGUGACCUGACACUCAUUAGAUUAAAUUGAUUUUUUGUGAAAAACUUGAAUUUUUUCCAACUCUCCUCUAUGCAUUUUCACCUUUAUUACUUCCCAUCACCUUUCAGUGUGAAAAUCUAUGAAAUUGGUUCAAAUUAAGUUCCUAUUUAAAUACUGUACUGUAGCCAACAGUCAUCUUUUUUAAAAGUAAAAAAAAAAAAAUAAAAGAGCAUAGGAGGUAAAAGGGAAAGAUGACUUUGGUGAGAGAGCCUGUCUCCUGUACAGUGAUCAACACAUCACCCUCUGUGCUUCAUUUAAUUUGUUUCUACUUGCUCAAUGUUUUCUCUUCUGUGUCUGUGCCCAUGCCUUACUUUACUAAGCUUAGAGGCUGUGAAUUUCAUCUGUUGAGUUAUGGCUCCUUUGAAUUUAUUUCCAGCAUUGUUUGUCUCACCUGGAUCUUUUCUUCCUCCUUUGAGGCAAAGAUCAAGCCACUCUUGUGUCUGUUAUCUGAGAAAUUAUAUUUUUGGAGAUUAACUUUUCUGUGGCUAAACGUUUUUUUUUCCCUGGCUACACUAUGAGAGGUGUAAUGGGAAAUGAUAUUUUCGUUGAAUGAUCAAAGUUGCUUGUAGCUCUUAGCUCUGGUAGCUGUUAAGAUUUCUAUAAAGGAUUUCAGUUAUGAGCUAUUUGACAUUUUGGUCAAAAAUUGACAAGCCAAACAAUAUUCAGAUUAUGUGUUAUUAAUCAUCUUUAGCCACUGAAGAAAAAACAGCCAGCCAUGCCGGUGUAAUUCCUCCAUUUCAAUCAAAAUACUAUAGAUGGAACACCAUGUCAAAGCAAAGGGAAUCAUUUUCUCUCUUAUUUUGGUAAUUGAAUAAUCAGAUCAUGUGUUUUUGUUUCAAAUUUCACUGUUCUCAGUGAAUACACUAUAAAUCAUUAGCUUUGUGGGUUUUCUGUUUGUUUUUUGGUCAGAAGUAUCAUUGAUGGAUUUGAAACAUGUUAGUGGCCUGUAAGGUCUGAACGAUUUUGUAUUAUGUCACAUAUGAGAUUGAAAAAAAAAGAUUAUGUUUUUGUUCAAAUCCCUGAAUUAUCUUUUAUUUUUCAAUGAAAUGCCAAUGCCAUUGGACACUGUUACAGCAAGAUCAAUAAAGUUCCUUCAUAAAAACUA